GCGGCCUUAGGAAUGGCUUCCGGAGCCGUUUGGCUGCGGGCCGGAGUCGCCCUGGACUGAUCUGUGCGGCUGCCAAGGGCUUGAGGUGAUCAAGGGGCGAGCGCAGAGCCUGCGGACAGUGUUUGAAGAUGGCUCUGAACGCGAUGUCCCUGUCCGCCGGCGACCAAGGGUCCAGGAUGGCCCCCCACUCCACUCUGGGCGACCUCCGCCCGCCGGCCUUUGCGUUGGCCAUGGUGUCCGGGGACAGCGUCUUCAUGAGCAGGCCGGGGGCGGCUCCCCCUGGACCGGCGCCUCGGCAGACGGGGCGGCCGAGCGCCCGCCCGGAGGGCCGUCGGGUAACUGGUGGCGGUCGGAGCCCUACCCGCCUCAUAAAGGGCAGGGAGCCGGAGGGCCGGAGCAGAAGCCGCCAGGCCAGAUUCUCGCCUUACCCUGCGCCCGGGGUUAAGCUCGAUCUCUUACGGAGUGUGCUGCAACAGCGCCUGGUAGCAUUUGGGGGUGUCGUGGCUGCCCGAGUCUCGGCUUAAAACGAAUGUCACCCUCCCGCCCCACUCCCCCUUGAGCAGCUUAGGAACAAGGCCUUUCCAAAAACUC